GCGGGCGCCGGACCCCCAGGCGGAGCGACAGGUCUCGGGCCCUCAGGCGGAGCGGCGGGCGCCGGACCCCCAGGCGGAGCGACAGGUCUCGGGCCCUCAGGCGGAGCGGCGGGCGCCGGACCUCCAGAUGGAGCGACAGGUCUCGGGCCCUCAGGCGGAGCGGCGGGCGCCGGACCCCCAGGCGGAGCGGCGGGCACCGAGUCACCAGGCACGACAGUGGGCUCCGAGUCAACAGGUAUGACCGCGGGCACUGGGUCAGACAUUGGAUCGUCUGACCGGACACGGGCAUCGGGUCACCAGGCAUCAGGUCAUUUGGCUCGACCGCGGGCACCGCGUCAUCUGGCAAGGCAGUGGGCUCCGAGUCAACUGGUAUGACCGCGGGCACUGGGUCAGACAUUGGAUCGUCUGACUGGACAGCGGGCAUCGGGUCACCAGGCAUCAAGUCAUUUGGCUCGACAGCGAGCACCGCGUCAUCUGGCAAGGCAGUGGGCUCCGAGUCAACUGGCACGACAGUGGGCACCGGGUCAUCAGGUACCGAUUGUCUGGCUCGACAGCGGGCAUCGGGUCAUCAGGCAUCAGGUCAUUUGGCUUGCCAGCGGGCACCGCGUCAUCUGGCAAGGCAGUGGGCACCGAGUCACCAGGUA